AUGGAGGUCACAGCCACAGAUGAAGACCGCGGCUCGUUUGGUGCCAUCACCUACACUAUGGGCUCACCAGGAGGGGGCGCUGUUCUCACUCAGUUCACCAUCCACAAGGAGACAGGGCAGAUCUGCACCAGCACCACUCUGGACCGGGACGACGGCCUGGAGAAGUUUGAUCUGACCGUCACAGCAACUGAUGGAGGUGGCCUCAGCUCUGUCGCCAGCGUGAGGGUGACAGUAGUGGACAUCAACGACAACCGGCCCACCUUCUACCCCGUCCUGUACACGGUCAGCCUGAGUACUCACAGCGCACCAGGAACAUCUGUCGUCAAGGUAACCGCCAAUGACCCUGACUCUGGUCCCAACGGGAGGGUGACGUACAAGACCGCACCCGGAGGGAGCUCUGCGUUCUUCACACUCAACAAAGACACAGGUGUGAUCUCGCUGUCCCGCUCGCUCCACGGUAAAGCCAACACGGUCAUCUCCAUGGUGAUCUCGGCAGAAGAUGGCGGAGGUCUGAAGGCGCCCGUCGAUGCCAAAGUGAACAUCAGUAUUGUCGGUGGCUCAGUGGCGUCCCCUGUGUUUGAACAGCUGCAUUACUUCUUCACUGUCCCAGAGGACGUGCUGAGGGGCACCGCAGUGGGGGUGGUCCGCGCUGCUACAAGGACAGGCAUUUCCAAGGACAUCUUGUACUCCAUCUCCUCUGGUGAUCCCGACGACUACUUCACCGUGGACAGCUCUUCCGGUGCCAUCCGCACUGCUCUGCCUUUGGACCAUGAAAUCUGCUCCAGUCUUGAGUUGGAGAUCCAGGCACGCUUUGGCUCGCCUCCCGCCUAUGGGACCACCAGAGUCCGCAUCACCAUCUCCGACGUCAAUGACAACGCCCCAGUCUUCUACCCUUCAUCUUCAGAAUCCUUACUCCAACCUGAGAUCACCAAAAUGGGGUCUGUCAUCUACCGCAUACAAGCUUCAGACAAGGAUUCGGGUCACAAUGGACAGCUCAGUUUUGAUUUGGUUUCUGCUGGAGCUGCGGGAAGUACCGGCCAGCGGACAUUUGGCGUGGACCGCGGCAGUGGCGAGGUGCGGCUAAUUGGAAGUCUAUCCUACGAAACGGUCCCUCGCUAUGACCUUCAAAUCGUGGCCAAAGACGGAGGCGCACCGCAACUAAGCUCUACCUUUACCCUCGUUGUUCACAUACAAGCUCAAGACGAGCAGGGCCCACACUUUGACACUUUGACUUACCGAGUUGAAUUGAGAGAAAAUAGUCCCCUUAACACCCGCUUCUUACAAGUUAGAGCAUUGAACAGAGAAUCUUCUGGAAAUGGGGGCACCUCUGCUUCCCCUGUAUCCUAUCGCCUUAGACCGGAUGGCGACGCAGCGGGAUUUGGGAUCAUGCCUGAUAGCGGGUGGCUUUUUGUUCGCAGUUCUUUGGAUCGCGAAAUUAAAGAUAUGUAUCUACUCACUGUCCUAGCCACUUCAGGACAAGGAGGAGUGGGGCGGACCGGUAGUGCCACUGUCAGGGUAACGGUGACCGAUGAGAACGAUAACUCACCACGACUAAGCCAAGAGAGAGUGUUCCUCGCUGUCGGGGAGAAUCUUAUGGCCGGGACAGGAUUUGGAAGAGUGUCGGCGACUGAUAGGGACGCAGGGCUGAAUUCUCGGCUUAGUUACAGACUGCUUCAUCCGGAUAAGCACUUUCAGAUCAAUGCACAAACAGGUGAGAUAAGUACUCGGUUGGCGUUGGACCGGGAGCAGCAGUCAAGUUAUCAGCUGGUUGUAGUGGUCCUAGAUGGUGGCACGCCCCCUCGCAGCGCCACAGGAACUGCCCAUGUCACUGUCCUGGAUGAAAAUGACCAUACACCACUGUUUACGCACGUGAGGCCAGACAGGGAGCUGUUGGUUCAGGUCAAUGAGGGGCUUCCAUCUGGAUCCGUUAUAACAACACUAACAGCCAAAGACCCAGAUGAGGGAGAAAACGGCACAAUUUUCUACUCUUUAUCAGGCCCCAGAGCAGAGCGUUUCUCCCUAAACCCAAACAGCGGUGAGCUCCGGACCUCUUCUCCUCUUCGAUUUGCCGAGCGCUCUGAGUACUCUUUCACUGUGACGGCUGCAGACCACGGGACACCAGGCCUCAGUUCCACCUGUCAGAUACACAUACAGGUCCUCAGUUCUUCCAAGUCCAACUCCAAACCAAACGUCCUGUCCAUGAUGCUGAACAUCGUGGAGGGCGCCACACCGGGCUCAGUGAUUGGCUCGGUGCGAUCGCGGGAGAGCUCGGGGGACGGUCAGGUGACUUAUCUGGUGGUGGGUGGCACUGACCGUGACGGGACGUUCAUGGUGGACCGACUCAAGGGGGACGUGUAUCUGGUGAGGGAGCUGGACUACGAGAAGGGCUCUCGGUACACGCUGCAGGUGGAAGUGUCGGAUUUCUCCCACGCCUAUCCCAGCAGCCACACGGUGCAGCUAGACAUCUACGUUCAAGACAACAACGACCACGCCCCUCACUUCACACAAGACCCCAUCUCUAUCGUGGUCCAAGAAAACACAGAGCCGGGGGCCUUUGUGCACACGUUUCAAGCCAUAGACCAGGAUGGCAGUGGUCCCAACAGUGAGCUGCGUUACUCCAUCGAGCACCAGUGGCCGGACUCCCCAGAGCUCCUGAGUCUGGACCCGGUCUCUGGAGUCCUCACGCUGGGGAAGAGACUGGACCGUGAGACCACUCCCUCUCUGUACCUGGUGGUGCGUGCCACAGACCAGGCCGUGGACGCGUCACAGCGGCGGUGGGGCUCAGUCACCGCCAGGAUCUUUGUCCGGGACGAGAACGACAACGCCCCGGUCUUCAGCUCUCCGUCUGCGGUCAGCGUCAUGGAGGACCAGCCUGUGGGUUUCGUGAUCCUGUACGUGAUGGCUCGAGAUGACGACGAAGGCGAAAACGGCCGCGUCUCCUACCGCAUCCAGUCUGGAAACAACGCCGGCCGCUUCAGCCUCAACCCCAACACCGGAUCUCUGUCCAUACUCAAAGCCUUGGACCGCGAGGAGCAUGAAGUGUACAAUCUGACCAUCGUUGCAGAGGAUCAUGGGAUACCACAGCUGUCUAAGUCUCAAGUGCUGAGCGUCCAAGUGAUCGACGUGAACGAUGAGGCUCCUGUGUUCCAGAGGGCGGAGUUUGAGGCCGUCGUCAUGGAGAACAAAGGACCAGGGACCACCGUGCUGACCGUCACUGCCACAGACCGCGACCAAGGCUCUAAUGGUCAUGUGAUGUACGGAGGGGUGACUGAGGAGGGCUUCCUGAUUAACCCGGUGACUGGAGCCAUCACCACCACCAGAGAGCUGGACCGGGAGCUGCAUGACCACUACACUCUCACAGUUUAUGCCAGAGAUGGGGGGACGCCGUCAAACUUUGCCAAAGCGGUGGUGCGUGUGGAGGUGGAGGAUGUGAAUGACAAUGCUCCGGUGUUUGCAAAGCUGUGGUACGGUCUGGAAGUGCCCGAGAACCAGCCUCCUGUGGAACUGUGUGUACUCAGAGCCUCGGACCCUGACCUGGGCCCAAAUGGAGAAUUGGACUACAGGAUCACCGGUGGAGAUCCAGAUGGAGAUUUCCUGCUCCACGCCAGCACAGGAGCUCUGUCCACUUCUCGAGCCUUGGACAGAGAGACAGCUGCGGAGUACAACCUGGAGGUGGUGGCGACGGACAAGGGCAGCCCGGCUCAGAGCACCACGGUCACGGUCAGCGUUCGAGUGCUGGACGUCAACGAUAACAGCCCUGUGUUCGCACGGAGCAGCUACGCGGUGGAAGUGUCUGAGGACGCGGCGGUCGGGACACCGGUUCUGGAGGUCAAAGCUACAGAUAAGGACGAAGCAUUUAAUGGAAAGGUCUUGUACUUCCUGAGCAAAGAAGCCCAUGGUGCCUUCACUAUCGAUGAAAACACUGGACAUAUCAUCACAUCUGCCCCUUUGGACAGAGAGAGAGUGGCCACGUACACUUUCCAGGUGCUGGCGGUGGAUCUGUCUCCUGCUGAACCCAGGAACAACUCAGCUCAGGUGAUCGUUACAAUCACAGACGUCAACGACAACGCUCCGUUUUUCCUCCAGGACCCUCUCAUCAUAGAAGUUUCUAGCAAACGCAGCCAGCGCGUUUUAGCCACGAUGAAAGCAGAGGACAAGGAUUUUGGAGCCAACGGGUCUGUGUUUUACCGAUUCGCCACUCCGGUCAAAGGCUUCAGCAUCAACUCUCUGACCGGAGAGAUCCAGGCCACGGAGCCUCUCACCGGCCUCACGCAGGCCCAGCGAACCCUCAUCGUGGAGGCUAUGGACCAGGGCAGUCCAGCUCAGUCUGCUCAAGGCGUGGUGGUCAUCUUUGUGAAGGAGGUGCAGUACAGUGGGAUUAAAUUCUCACGAAAUGCCAGAGAUGUCAACAUACAAGAAAAUGCUGCUAAAGGCACUGCAGUGUUCCAGGCUGUGGCUCAACACCCAGAUGGAUCCAAUAGAGGCAUCAGCUACAGCCUCUUCAGUGGGAACCGUAAGCAGUCGUUCAUAAUCAGCUCAUCCAGCGGCGAGAUCACAGUGGAGAGCUCUCGAGGCCUGGACUUUGAGGACUCUCCGCGGCUGCGUCUCGUGGUGAAGGCGGAGACUGUGAGCUCCACGACUUUCAUGGCCAUAAACUUGAUCCUGCAGGACGUCAACGACAACCUGCCCCGCUUCCAGCUGCAGAACUACGUGGCCUAUCUGAGGGAGGCCCACGGCUACGAGACGCCUAUUAUACAGGUGGUGGCUGAGGACAUGGACCAGGGCUCUAACGGUCAGGUGACGUACUCCUUCCAAUCGGCGGGUCAAAACGUCGGAUUGUUUAAAAUCGACCCCACGACAGGAACCAUCACCACGGCAGCCAUCAUGGACCGCGAGAUCUUCAACCAGACCAAGUUGGUAGUUACAGCCACUGACAGAGGGUCUCCCCAGCUCGCCGGUUCAGCUACACUAACAGUGAUUAUUCUCGACCAAAAUGACAACAGUCCAACGAUUCCCCUGCCCCAAGAAAUACGCAUUCCAGAAAACACACUGAUUGGCACAGAGAUCACCUUGGUGACAGGGAACGAUGUGGACUCCAGCCCGGCUCUGUCCUACGCUCUCAGACUGGAGCCGGCGGCAAUGGGCCGGUUUGGGAUCCACCGCUUCAGUGGCAGCGUGUCGCUCACGGCUCCUCUGGACUUCGAGGAGAAAACCUGGUACACGCUGACGGUGAGAGCCUCCGACAGCCGCCACGACACCGAGGCCAACGUCACAAUCCUGGUGGAAGACAUCAACGACAACGCACCCACCUUCACCAAUGAUCUCUACCAGGUGACACUGGCUGAGCACACGCCAGCGGGGAGCGCGGUCGUCACGGUAACAGCCAGCGACAGAGACUCGGGGGACAAUGGGCGGAUCAGCUACAGAGUGAUGUCAUCCACGCAGGAGGGCUUCUACAUCGACCCUAAGAACGGGACAUUGUUCAUCAAUCAGCGAGCCGAGUUUGACCCUGAACGUCCCUCCGUCAAUAUUGUUAUUGAAGCUCGCGACGGCGGAUCUCCUUCGCUGUCCUCUCUCACCACAGUCCAAGUCCAAAUCUCUGACGUCAACGAUAAUGCUCCAUUGUUCCACCAGUCUGAAUACAGAGCCACGGUGUCUGAGGACAGCAUCGCGGGAUCCACCAUUUUGACUUUUGAAGCCUUUGACAGUGAUCUCUCUCGGGAGAACUGCGGAUUUGACUUUGCCAUCGCCAACGGGAAUGAUGGCAACGCAUUUCAGAUCGAGAGCAGCGUUAGAUACUUGGAAGGCCGGGGAUUCCAAACAGUCGGGACGCUGCUAUUGGCUGAAGGACUGGAUUUCGAAACAAGGUCGCUGUACAAUCUGACCGUGGUGGUUUCGGAUCGUGGGGUGCCUCAGAGAAGUUCCAGUGUGGCUGCUGUUAUUGCCAUUGGGGAUGUGAACGAUAACCCGCCAGUUUUCAGCAGAGCGGACUACACCGUGGCCCUCAGCGAAGGAGCAGCUGCUGGGACAGAGAUCAUACGGCUGACGGCAACAGAUCCAGACUCCACUCCACAUGCUCAGAUCCAGUACACCAUCAGCUCUGGAGAUGAGGUCAACUUGUUUACUAUGGACCAGUGGACUGGAGCGUUACGACUGCAGCGAACUCUCGAUCGGGAACACCAAUCCACUCACGUCGUCAUUGUUCAGGCGUCAGAUGGACAGGGCCACUUUGCCUUAGCCCCCGUCACUAUCGAAGUCAAAGAUGUGAACGAUAACCACCCAUAUUUCCCUGUGGAAGUCCUCACAGCCAGCAUCAGGGAGAACCAACCAGCCAACUCUGCAGUGACUGUCCUCCAUGCCAUAGACCACGACACCGGUGUAUUCGGCCAUCUUAAGUACUUUAUGAUUGAGCGAGCUAGUGUGGGAAAAGACAGCUUCAUUGUUGACCAGAACACAGGAGAAAUCAGAAGCAAAAUGUCAUUUGAUUUUGAAAAGAUCAACUCAUUCAACUUUAUAGCGUUAGCUGUUGACUCAGGUAACCACUCUGCCACUGUCACCGUCCAGGUCUUUGUGACAGGCGAAGAUGAGUACGAUCCACUUUUUACAACAGCAGAAUUUGCUUUUGAGGUCCCGGAAGGAGCUAAGAAAGGGCAGAGCAUCGGACAGGUUCAGGCUAAUGAUGAAGACGGAGGAGUUGACGGGAUCGUUUUAUACUCGCUACCCAUUAGCUCGCCUUAUUUUGAUGUAAACAAAACCACUGGUGUGAUCUUCCUAAAGUUGGACAGCACUGGCAGCUCGAGUAGCAAUUCUGGAUCAGGUCGAGGAGAAGAAAGAAAGGGCAAGAAGCAGCGAAUAGAAAUGUUGCAUCUGGAACUGCAAUGCAAAAGCUUGACGAGUGCAGUUCUGGUCCGGGGGAAAGACUCUACCAUCAAACAUUGCCAGGGUAUGCAUCUGAUCAAAGUGGGGCAGGAGGUGGUCAAUACCCCAGAGGAGGAUCGCUGGACCCCUCUCAUUCUAGCGGGAGGGGGUCGGCCGAGGCAGCGGAAGAUGAUGAAAUUAGAAUGA